AUGGACUGGGGUUCGGCGUUGCUGCGUGCCCCAGCUGGUGAUGGCAUUGUCGCUGGCUACAGCAGGUUGUUGCGUCUUUUGGCUGGGCUCAACAACGGGCCAGGUUUUGGUUUCCUUGCAGGGCAUACUGGGGCGACAGUUGACCCGGAUCGUGUUCGGGAAUUGUCCGGUGAUCCAUUGAUGGUACUUCUUCGAAGACGUUGGAGAGAAGCUGGAGACGCAGAUCGUGACAUCUUGCGUUUUCUGGUGAUUUCGGACGAGGAGCCAGAGCGUCGGGUUGACAGGUCGGUCUUGGAUGCGUUGUGGAAACGUGAUCCUGCGGUGGAACCAAUUCAGAACUUGGCUGAUGUUUUGAGGGCCGAACGCACGGCCUCCGAGAUUUGGAUAGACGGAUUGGAGAUGCCGACCCUUCCUAAGGGAGAGGUCGGUCUUCAACACGGAGCAAAGGUCGGUGGGGGGGAAGCCGGUGUUCCCCUGAAUCCUGAUGGCAUACCGCUUUGGUGUGCUGAUUUGGUGCCACCUAAGGCUGAGUUAAUGAAAACCGCAAAUGACCUUACGUGGGUUCCACUGGCCGUGUUGUAUGGUGAUGUGCAAGCCAUGCCCUCUUGGAUCUGUGCCAUCGCUCAUGUGAGCAAACUGAAACAGCUGGUCAACGCAUCCGUGUUGCGUUUCUUGCCUUCGGGUUGUGCGGCUUGGGAACAUGAAGGCUUGGAGGUUUCACUGCCUGCCUGCCCUGAAAUUUUUGUCCCGUCACCGAGCAUGGUCGCGAAUUGUGUGGUGAAGACAGAGGUUCCGGUCGUCGGAGGGUGGACCUUCUACUACGAGUCCAAAGAGGCUCAGAUCACUUGGCCCACAGUGGUCUCAAGUGACACGCCAUGGCGUUUUUUUCGGUCUUUGGCGCUGCCUGAGAUCGAGGAGUAUGACUACAAGGCCCAACAAAAGGAGUCAGAGGUCGGUAUCGAAGAGGGCUAUGAGGCUGACCCAGAGUACAAGCCCGAGGACUCAGACUACAAGAGCCAGCGUGCCCAAGCCGAAACAAAAGAUUCAGAAGUUGCACAGCCCGUGCACGGCCCCAAGGUGGUGCACCUGGCGGCCAAGUCCAAAGCGCGCCCCAAGGCCGCGACUGAGGUAGCGGCUGAUGGCACGGAGGCCAGCUCGAAUCAUGGGCACAGAGCCAAGCAGAUGCCGCGAUCUCCAAGUCGCUCACUUGACCCUCGCCAAAGGGAGGAGAUUCGCAGAAGGGCUGUUGGGGAGCCUCGUGAAGGACGAGAUGAUGGUUGCACGGAGCUUCGCAUUUACCCGGUUGACUGGCAAUGUCCGACGGUGGCAUGCGUCAAUCACAGGCUGCUGGGUGCUUUGACGAGGAACACAAUGAUCACGGACUUCUUGGCCGACAAGUACACACGCUGUGCUUUGAGGUGA